AUGGCUGCGCCCGGAACGGCCGCUCCACCGGGCAUGCAACAGAACAACAGCCAGCAGCCUGGUCGCCCCGGCGGCUUCCCGGCGAAUUUUCAACCGCCCCCGAACAUGCCGAAUAUCAACUUCUCCGCGCCCGUGAUUCGACUGGGCACCUCCGGCCCUGCGAUGCAUGCUGCUCCAGAAGGGGGCCGAGAGCGUGGUUCAGAUGGUCCGGGACGACGUGCGGGUCUCGGGUCUUCUAGUAUGGACAAUCAGCGCCACCAUGCUCGCGAUACGAUGAUGCAGCUUCAACCGCCUACCCGGGAUGAGAUCGUGCGUACACUGUUUGUCGGGGGUAUCACUGAGGGCGCGGGUGGUGAUGAUGGCAUUGAGCGGAUUCUCCGGUCUGCAGGCAAUCUGCGACGGUGGAUUCGGGCGACGGAUGCCGACGAGAAACCCUGCCGAUUUGGGUUUGCCGAAUUUGAAGAUCCCGAGAGUCUCGAGGUGGCUGUGGAAGUGCUGAAGGACGUCGAAGUUCCCGUGAAGCGCCAGGCGCCUCGUGACGAGGGCGAGGAAGAGCAGGAAGUGGAAAAGAGCACACUACUGGUGGUUGUGGACGAAAGCACCAUGACUUAUCUGGAGCAAUUUGAAGCCACUCGUGGCGAGCGGGACCCUAAAGAGCUUCAAGCUCGCUUUGAUGCGUCUCGCAACAACUUGAAGAGUGUUCUUUCAGACCUCUUCCACCCAGCUAGCCCGACCCAGAAGGAAGAAAUUUCAGCACUCGACCGGGAAGGCGAUAUUGACAUGACAAGAGGUGAAACUACGAAGGACGGAGAAGUGGUUACUAUUCCCAUCACCAUCGAAGACGAACUGGCCGAUAUCCCGCCGGAGAUGCGGGAGAACGUGGCUAAGGAGAUUGCGGCGUUCCGUGAUCGGAGUAACCGCCGAGAUAUUGAGCGUUUGAGGCGCGAGGAGGAGAUCGAGUCCAUGGAGCGCGCUCGCAACUCUGGCUCGCGUAUCACCCGGCUUUCCUCUCCCCCAGCCUCAGCCCCCAGUGGACCUGCUGGUGGUGCGAAUGGCAUCCCAUUGGGCCCUCGUGGUGAUCGUAGCAUGCCCAAUGCCCCGUCGGGUCCGAAGGGCUUCGGUGUUCAGAUCCCCAAGGACUACCAGAAAGGCGUGUCGUUUGUAAAUGGCGGGGCAAUUAAUGGAUCUCAAGUCUACAUCGAUCGUGAGGAUGAGGACACCGACGCAAGCGACGAGGAGCUCGAGCGUCGCCGCCAGGCAAAGCGUGAAGCCGAGCAAGAAAAGCAAUUCCUUGACCAGGAACGCCGCUGGCUCAACCGUGAGCGAAGCCGAACGGCUGCCUUGGAGCGCGAGAAGAAGAGAGACAAGGAGGAAGACGGGAAGUUGCAGGCCGCCCAUGACGAGAUGGAAGAGCGCCUCAAGGAAUGGAAUGACGAUGUCGAGGCCAGCCGCAAGGCAAGCGAGUACUAUGCGGACCGCGGCGCUUGGUUGCGGAGCCGCGCAGGGUUCCGCGCUCGCGAGGUCAGCAUGGAUGAGGCUGAUCGUGCCGCGGAGGAGCGCGAGCGGGCCCAAUCUGCCAAGCAGCAAGAGAAGGCUCGCGGCAUGGCCGAUGAUUUCCUUGCUCGCCAGGCGCAGGAACUGGAGACCCGCACUCCGGUCACCGCCCCUCAUGAGGAGCAGGAGCCCCAGCGGUUCACAUUGUCGCUCGGUGCCGCAGCCCAGAAGGCCCAGGCCGCCACCAACCGCCGCACCGUUGCCGAAGUGGAAGGCCUGCUGGAGGAUGAAGAAGAGCCGGCCGGCACGACCCGCCGCCAGCUCAUCCCGAUCAAGUUCGACUCUGCUGCCGAAGCCGCCGGUCUAUCGGACGAGGAUCGUGCUCAGGCUGCGCGCCAGCUGGCCGCGGAGAUCCCGGCCGACAAGGACGGUCUCUGGAAGUGGACGAUCAAGUGGGAGUUUGUGGACGAAGCCGUUAUCAGCGACCAGAUCAAGCCGUUCGUGGAAAAAAAGAUCGUCGAAUACCUGGGUGUGCAGGAGCAAAUGCUGGUGGAUGUGGUGGAGGAGCAUGUGCGAAAACAUGGUACUCCCCAAGAGCUGGUGGAGCAGCUGGAGAUGGCACUGGACGACGAGGCCGAGGUACUGGUCCGCAAGCUCUGGCGUAUGCUUAUCUUCUUCUCGGAGAGCGAGAAGCGCGGGCUGUCGGCAUAG